AUGUAUGUAGGGGCAGUGCUGUACUUAGCAGAGGACUUGAGACUCGGUUUUGUGACGGAGAGGAAAAGAAUCGGAUUACUAACUUACUUUAUUCGGCUAUGCGAAUUUUCCACAAAUUUAUUCUGGGUAUUGACCUUGUGUGCUGUUGCGGUUGAUCUGUGGAGAAAACGUCUGCCCACGUUUCUGAAGAGUGUGGUUGGUAGUUUUGGAGCCAUGAAGCUAGAGAUACCAGAAACCUUUGAAGAUGUUGCUGUCAGUUUUUCAACAGAGGAGUGGAAAAUGCUGAGCAGCUGGGAGAAAGAACUGUACAAAGAAGUGAUGUCACAGAACUAUGAGCACAUGGUGUCACUAGGAUACAACAUCCCAAAGGACCAGCUAUUGCUACUGAUUGGAAAACAUGACAAACUUACCCCUGGGGUGUUGAAAGGAGAAGAGACCCUACCUCAGAUUACUGUCUCUGAUGAUCCCACCAACGACUGCUAA